AUGGAACAAUACGAAAUACGCAGAAAUUCAACUGUAGAGUUUGAUCCCAUGUGCGACAAGUCAAACCCCCAGAAAAUUUCAUUUGAAGAUGUAUCUGCAGCCGCUUUCAGAAUUCAAAGUGGGAUUAUAAAAACGCCAUGCGUGAAAUCUCACAUGUCUUCAAAAUAUGGUAUGGAUAUUUAUCUAAAGAACGACUUUUUACAAAAUACAGGAAGUUUCAAAGAGAGAGGAGCACGUAACGCAUUACUCCUUCUUUCGCCGGAAGCCAAAGAACGUGGUGUCAUAUCUGCGUCUUUGGGGAACCAUUCCCAGGGUCUAAGUUACCAUGCGAAGCAGCUGAAGAUACCUACAACUGUAGUUAUGCCUAACGUGGCCCCAAUUAUGAAGAUAGAGAAAUGUAAAUCUUUUGGUGCCAAUGUCAUCAUACACGGUCAUGAUAUGAAAGAAGCGAAGCAUCACGCUAUGACGCUUUCGAAGGAGAAAAACCUCACUUAUAUUAACGGUUACGACCAUCCUCAUAUAAUGGCUGGACAGGGGACUGUGGGUUUAGAAAUAUUGGAACAAGUGCCUGACAUUGACGCAGUGUUGGUACCAGUUGGAGGCGGUGGAUUACUAGCGGGUGUAGCUACUGCAGUGAAGCAUCUUAAACCACACGUUCUUGUUUAUGGAGCGGAAACAGAAAAAUGUCCAAGUAUGGAAGUAGCUUUGGCGAAAGAUGAACCAGUAAAUGUGGAAAUUCGAUCAACACUAGCUGAUGGUCUUGCGGUACCUACCGUUGGAUACAAUGCACUUGCCACGAUCAAGCCACUCAUUGAUCGAAUGAUAACUGUCCAUGAGGAUUGGAUCGCUCGUGCCAUCCUACGUCUUGUUGAACAAGAAAAGUUUGUGGUGGAAGGAGGUGGCGCAGUUUGUGUUGCAGCCAUCAUGGCGGGGCUAGUGCCAGAACUAGCCGGCAAGAAAGUUGUAUGCAUCCUUUCCGGUGGCAAUAUUGAUACAACAAUUCUGGGUCGUUGCUUGGAGCGUGGUCUCGCUGCAGAACAACGUCUUGUCAAGUUUAAAGUGACCGUGAGCGAUCGUCCCGGAGGCAUCGCGGAACUCUGCAAGCUGAUCGCGUCUAUUGGAGUCUCCAUUAAAGACAUAAUUCAAGAGCGCGCUUGGGUCUAUGGAGACAUUUUUAGUGUUCGGGUCAAAGCGGUAUGUGAAACUCGAGGUCCUGAACAUACGAAUGAACUCAGAUCAAUGAUUACAAACUCGUAUCGAGAAUGGUACUUCAGUCGGGAGUGUGAUUUAUCACAUCGAAGGCCGAGUACAGACUCGUUAGACGAUGUUAUACAUUAAUAUUUUUGAAUAUUAGGGAAAUUUAGGUGGCAAAUAAAUACAACAUAUGUAUAUAUGUCCCGUAUGUGAUGUAUAAUUAACAAGGAAAAUUUUCAAUUGAUAACAGGCGGAAUUAUUGUUAAAACAUGAGAUCGUAUCGUUGAAAUCGCAUCUCUGACAUCUACUCGUAAGUGUGUAGUUAUAAGACCAAACUAAAACAACCAAUUUAUUAAUCGUUUAUGUAAUAGGAGAUACGAGAACAUAAUAUAAUUAUGUUUAGCUAAAUAUUGAAGCAAUUAAAUAAUUAAUUCUGUAUCAAUUUAAUGUACCUAAUAAAGAGAAUGUAUUUCUAUAUCCUUUAAGCAAAUUUGUUAAACUGUGAUUAUUAAAAAUAUAAGAGCUAUUCACCAAA